UGCUGGCUGUCGGUUGGUUAAAUACGAUUGAUUAAUGGUUGUUAGUGGCGGUUUGUUGAGACCCGUUGUUUUUCGAAAGCAAUAUGAAAAAUUCCUUUGGCACUGCUUUUGUAAUUUGUACCAAAAUGUAUCAAUAUGAAGACAAUUCUCGAAGUUUACAUUAGCAAUUGCAACGCAGUUUGAAAUUGUGUACAUUGUUUGUCUCAAUUAGAGUUACGCGUUAUCUAUAAUUCUUUACAAUGGUUUUUAUUUUUAUACUAAACGUUUAUAGUAUUUCUACUUUAUUCUAGUCUUUAUUCUAGUCUUCUUUGUCUACAUUACAUUAUUGUAUGGUACUUUUACAGAAAAUUUUAUCGGAAAAAUUUGGAGACAUAAAAGUACGCUUUCUGAAUUAUUAGUAGUAAUAUACCGUAGGAAACCUUUCAUUGUUAUUACUUGGUUUGUAGAUAUUAUGGUAUCAAAUGUCUCAUUUUCUUCUAUUAUAUUUUGUCCCCCUGUGUAAUAUUUCUCUAUUUUUUGUAUUUUAUUUAUACUUUCUUACCUAGAAAAAUACAUAAAUUGUUUCUUCAGAGAAUGAUAGAAUGACAAUUUAAGAGAAUAUUUCAUCGUUGCAGCCGUAAAUUUUUUAUUUACCAACAUAUACAAUUUAAUCGGCUGUAAAUCUAUUAUUUGAAAGACAAAAUAGGUAUCGUCGAGGACAAUGCCGUGUCGUACAUAACCGUAUCAUUUGUACAAAUACAUAUGUAAACGUAAGCUAUACUUGCGUUCUUGAAGGAAAUAGUGCGAGUUGAAAGUAUAAAUAAUAAAUCGGAAAGAAAUCCAGGAACAUCAGUUUUGCGAGGGGUUGUCACAACGAAACAAAUACAGGUCGUAAUAUUUAUCGAGUAUUAUACAAUGCAGUUCUCAUGGAGAAACGAAGGGUUACAGUUGCUUUUGAGAAAAAGCAAACUGAAGAAAAAUUUAAAUAAUAAUUACAACAGUCAACGGAUGAAAUAAAUCGAAAGAAAUUACUACUGACUGAAGUCUAACGUACUUGAAAAUGUCUGUAGAGUGGAAUGCCGAUACUACGUACAUUUUAACACUUUAUAAAUAUCUUCUUGGUAUAAUUGGACUCUGGGUGCUAGAUGAAAAUGUAUUUUCGAGAAUUCGGUGGUUUAUGUCGACGAUGAUAGAGGUAUGUUAAACUUUUAGAUACUAUUAAGGUAAUUUACAUAGAACUUUUAUUUUAUUUCCUUAUUUGUAUGUAAUGCAUAAUAUUUUUUGUUUAAUUUAAAAUAAUAUAUUUUAUCCACACAGAAACACACACACACACGGAUUAAUAAUGCUUAUUAAUGCUGUUUUAUUAUAUAUAAAAAUUAAACCAAAACAUUUUAUAAAUAAAUUACAUAUUAUAAAAAACAAAAUUUAAUCAAAAUGUCAUAUUAUAUGUAAAAACUUAAUAUAUUUAUUUAUUUUUUUAUAAGCUAGCUAAGUGCAACAAUUAGUUUGGCUUUGGAAGUUAUUCGACAUUGUCGUGGUCAUGAAGAUGCAUUGGACGCUUUUCUAUCAAUGUCCACAUCAGUAACUAGUAUAGCAAAACUGCUUUUGCAUCGUGUGAACUGGAGACACAAAUUAAUUUUGGUGAAAUCUAUUAUCAAUGACUGGAAUUUAGUAGAAAAUUCUCACUCUCGUGAUAUUAUGCUAAAGUACGCGCGCAUUAGUAGGAUGGGAUCAUUGGUGUUUCUUUACUUUGGAUGUUCUUCUUGCAUGUUUCUCUUCUCCCCUCUUAUAUUCGCCAAUUUUAAUUUACCUUGGACCUCUAAAGAGCAAUUUUAUAACAGAACGAGCAACAAGAGAUUGCUUUUACCAGCUUAUUGCGUCUUCGGAAGUUAUACAUCUUUAACCUACAAUUUCAUUCAGAUCUUGCAGAUAUUACAAAUCCUUGUUAACUGUUUCUCACAAUGCGGAAAUGAUGGAUUCUUCUUUAAUCUUACAAUGCACGUGUGUGGGCAGUUUGAAGUUCUUAGAGUGGACUUCGUUAAAAUAGACAGCAGAAAAUUGUUUACUCGAAAAAGACUUGCUAUUCUGUUGAGGAGACAUCAUUGCCUUAUAUAUUUGGCGCAUCAUUUGCAAAAAGCAUUUAGUCUAGUUAUCUUAGCACAACUUUUAAUGAGCGUUAUUCUAUUAUGUGUUGAAGGUAUAUUUUAUUUUAACUAAAUCUGAUUUAUAUUUUUAUACGAGUCUUAAAACAAAGUAACAUAAUAUUUAACUGCUACGUUACUUAGUAAUAAUUUUUAUGCCAUACAAAAGAUAAAACUGAAAAAAGAUGAACCGAAAGCAGAUGAAAAGCACAACUUUGCUUUUAUUAUAAAAUGAUAAGAUGUACAAUUAACAAUUAAUAUUUUUUUUA